AUGUGUCACCGAAUCGAACUCCUCCUAUCUCUCUUUCUAACGCUCGCCUCAUUGGCCUCGGUGGCUCGGUCAGUGGCCAUCACAUGCUCGACCACGACAAGUACCCUUGAGGAUCUUGUAGCGUGCUUCGAACGCUUGACGAUCCCUCGGGACUACUACACUUGCACGACUUACGCUAUCGCACAACCCCAAACUAGCCCUGUCAACGAGUUCACUGGAUGGACUGACGCCAUUACGCGCCUUCUCAACGCCGACGGCACCUGUGCACUUCCUCCGAACUCUCCCAUCAGCUCGUCGUACACCGUCUCGCGGUUCACCGACGCCAUCACUCGCGAUCCCUACUGCGUCCUACACGAGACAAACGCAGUAGUUAGCCCGACCCGCGGAACGCGCUUCGAGAAAGGGUGGGGCGUUUUCAUUGUCCCAGCGAACAAUGUCCCGUCAAUUCGGCCCCUCCAUUUCUCCGUCCCACACCCGUUAUUCGACACCGGCACUCCCGCUCAGGCCGCCAUCACGCUCAAGAGGACUGUUUCGAAGAGCCUCUUAAUUGAGGGUCGGCACAGGCAUGCCCUGAGCAGUGUUUCGGCGGGAGGAAGCUGUUUCGAAUCUUGCCAGGGGGCGGAGUACGAUCGGACGGAUGGCGCUCAUGAUAACCGUGAACCAUUCCAUCUUGCGAUGGUAGCCAUUCGCGCCUGGCAAAAUACGCACGGAGGAUGUCCUUUGACAAGGUGCUCGUAUAUCCAAUGGCAUGGAAAGAACGAUGCCACUUGUACCGCAGAUCAUGUCUUCCUCUCGAGUGGAUUUGACUCCGGCCCGCCCGCUGGGUCGUCCUCAGGCAACUGUUAUUCCGACCCAGAUUUACCUGUAAACCGAAUCAAGGCUCAACUCAACGGGUGGUUUCCCCCUCCUCGCUACCAUGCCACCCCAUCCGAUGAUCCCUCCUGCACGAAGCUUACUGCGACAGAUAAUAUAUUUGGUCGGCUGGUCAACGGCGUGCCCGAGGCGGACGUAUGUACAACACCUGCUACACGAUGUGGCGGGAGUGAUUAUGGACAGUUCGUCCACAUCGAGCAGGAUAGCGUGUCGAGGGACGAGGCGAAUUGGGGUCGAUGGGCGAACGUGAUAUUGGGAGCCUUUCCGUGA